UGGCAAUAUUAGGAAGAAGCGUCCCAAAUUCUCUCCAUGGCAACAACGUCUAUGUCAGCCAUUUUUGUGCCUCCCACUUCGCCCUCCGUCACACGAAAGAUAAAUCUAAGUUCAGGGAAUGACAAAUUUGUUAUUCCGCAAAUAUUUCCAUUCCGGUCUCCGAAUUACCAGUUUAGGAAACCGCCGUCAUGCUCCAGUUCCAAUGGCGCGGCGGUCCAAAGUAGUCGAAAUACAAGCGAACUACCAAUAAGUGUCGACGCUCUUCAGCGUUUCAUUCGCCUCAAUUUGGGCAACUGGACCGGCUCUUUCCAUCAAUUUGAUGGUCAUGGCAAUUUGAUGCAUAAAAUUACAACGAAGCUUGCGGUGGGCUCUUAUGGUGAAGAUGAACUGAUGAGUUUACUACAAACGUUGUACAUCAAACAGCCUCAAUCUACCACUUCAUUUUCUGGUGAUGAUUCUGAACCGGAGUGGUUUGAAUACAAAAUCAAAGAGACCAACAUGUUUACUGUGGACAAAUAUCAACAGAUUGGCUUCUUCCCCAAGGAGAAGGCGUAUGCACUAAGAUAUCAGACUGCUGGCAUGUUAGAGACAGUGUUAAGACAGGGAGUGCUUGGUGAAGAUGAUAUUGGAGAAGAAUCACCAAGAAAUCUGAAGCUUCCCUCUAAACGGCCUUCUAUUGUAUGUGAAAAUUGUCUUUAUUCACUGGAGAAAGAUAAGCGAGUGAGAGCCUUUCAUAUUAUGGACCCAAAAGGGAUUUUGGAAAUGAUUCUAGUUUUCCUUGAAGAAAGAGGUAACGGAGAGGUCAUUCCUCCAUCCUUUGACAAUUUCAAGGAGGAUUCCGAAAGGCUUCUGCCUCAUCUUGGAACUUGGAAAGGUCAUUCGCUAACAAAGCGUACUGGUGUUUAUGGAGCAACAAUUACUGAAGCAGAUACUACUGCUGUUCUUGAAAUGAACAAGGAUGGCCAGCUAGUUCAGGAUAUCACGUCUACUUCUGGUACGAGUAAAAUUACAACCAAUGUACAUUGGACGGGUACCAUGUCGAAAAACCUAGUGACAUUCGACGGUGGUUUCCAGCUGAGUUUGUUACCUGGAGGCAUUUACAUGGGAUACCCAUCUGAUGUGGCCAAGAGUGUGCAAGAAUCCAGGUCAUUUCAUCUGGAGUUUUGUUGGCUUGAAUCGCCUGGCAAGAGACAAAGACUCAUCCGCACUUAUGAUGUAGAGGGCCUGGCUGUUUCAUCUACAUAUUUCAUCGAGUCCAAAAUCUGAGUUGCUUUUCCUGAUUCAAAGAGAGCUGAUUUUGCUCCUACAUGAAUCUUUUUCCAAUUUGUAUCAAUUAUUACGGAAGAUAGAGUAAUUGUGUCACGUUAUUUUUAUUGAUUGGUGCUGACAAAUACUCUACUACCCAAUGUAUAUAGAAUUGAGCAUUAGAGGGUUCAGUGAAUAUUUUGCGUCUUGGACAGGAUAACGAAGAAUUGCAUUCACUA